AUGUCGUCAAACGCCAAUACAACUGCUACGAUGGACUCCAUCAAAAAGAAAAUGCAAGCUAUGAAACUUGAAAAGGAAAAUGCCGUCGAUCGUGCCGAGCAAGCCGAACAACGUCAAAAGGAUUUUGAAGAAAAACUUAAAGCAUCCGAAGAAGAAAGUAAUGCUUUACAAAAAAAAAUCCAACAGAUCGAAGCUGAACUUGAUGCUGCUCAAGAACAAUUAGGUGAAGCCAACGCAAAACUUGAAGCCAAAGAGAAAGCUGCUACCGAUAUAAAUGCCAUUGAAUUUUAUAACUUAUUUAAAAAUCGUCAUCCACCACCACCGCCACCACCGCCACCGCCACAAACAACAAAAACAAAUAAAAAUAAAACAAAUCGUUCCUCAGCAUCAAAAUCACGUUUGCAAGCCUAUCAACAACCAGUACAACGAUCAAAUUAUAUUAUAUCGAAUAUUUUACAUAAUGAACGAAUCAAACAAAUCCGUCAGAAAUUCUAUGAUAAUGAACGUUUACGUCAUUACCGUUUGAAUGAUAAUGAUGAUGACACAUUUCAAUUAUCAUCAGAUGAUAAUGAAAUGACGUGUUCAAUUUCUUCUUCAUCGUCAUCAUCCUCAUCAGCAUCAAAUUCUUCUUCAUCAGUAAAAACUUCUCGUCGUCCAGUAAAACCCGGUUGUGAAAAAUAUCAAGUCUCACCUUAUUCGUCUCAAAUAACAUUCAAUUUAAAAAUUUCCAUUAUGCAAACCGAAGUAACAGAUAUUAUAAAUGUAUUAAAAGAGGCUGAAGCCGAAUUAGCUGGACUUCAACGUCGUUUACAAUUAGUUGAGGAAGAUCUCGAACGUGCUGAAGAACGUCUUACACAAACAACACAAAAACUUGAUGAAGCUUCACAUGCAGCUGAUGAAAGUGAACGUGGUCGCAAAGGUCUUGAACAGCGUACAUAUCAAGAUGAUGAACGUAUUGCUACACUUGAACAACAAUUGGCUGAAGCACAACUCAUUGCUGAAGAUUCCGAUCGAAAAUACGAUGAGGUCGCACGUCGUAUUGCCAUUAUGGAAGUCGAUUUGGAACGUGCUGAAGAUCGUGCUGAAGCUGCCGAAGCAAAAAUUCUUGAACUUGAAGAAGAACUCAAAGUUGUUGGUAACAAUAUGAAAUCACUUGAAGUUUCUGAACAAGAGGCUAUGCAACGUGAAGAAAGUUAUGAAGAACAAAUCCGUGAUUUAACAUCACGUCUUAAAGAUGCUGAACAACGUGCUGAUUUAGCUGAACGUACCAUGGCUAAAUUGCAAAAGGAAGUCGAUCGUCUUGAAGACGAAUUACUUGCCGAAAAGGAAAAGUACAAGAGCGUAAGCGAAGAACUCGACAUGACAUUGAACGAAUUGUCGGGUUAUUAA